AUGCUGCGCCUGGGGCUGUGCGCGGCCGCGCUGCUGUGUGUGUGCCGGCCCGGCGCCGUGCGCGCCGACUGCUGGCUCAUCGAGGGUGACAAGGGGUACGUGUGGCUGGCCAUCUGCAGCCAGAACCAGCCGCCCUACGAGACCAUCCCGCAGCACAUCAACAGCACGGUGCACGACCUGCGGCUCAACGAGAACAAGCUCAAGGCCGUGCUCUACUCCUCACUCAACCGCUUCGGGAACCUCACCGACCUCAACCUCACCAAGAACGAGAUCUCCUACAUCGAGGACGGCGCCUUCCUGGGCCAGGCGAGCCUGCAGGUGCUGCAGCUGGGCUACAACAAGCUGAGCAACCUGACGGAGGGCAUGCUGCGCGGCAUGGGCCGCCUGCAGUUCCUGUUCGUGCAGCACAACCUCAUCGAGGUGGUGACGCCCGCCGCCUUCUCCGAGUGCCCCAGCCUCAUCAGCAUCGACCUGUCCUCCAACCGCCUCAGCCGCCUGGACGGCGCCACCUUCGCCAGCCUGGCCAGCCUCAUGGUGUGCGAGCUGGCCGGCAACCCCUUCAACUGCGAGUGCGACCUCUUCGGCUUCCUCGCCUGGCUCGUGGUCUUCAACAACGUCACCAAGAACUACGACCGUCUGCAGUGCGAGUCGCCUCGGGAGUUUGCCGGCUACCCGCUGCUGGUGCCCCGGCCCUACCACAGCCUCAACGCCAUCACCGUGCUCCAGGCCAAGUGCCGCAACGGCUCGCUGCCCGCCCGGCCUGCCAGCCACCCUACGCCCUACUCCACGGACGCCCAGCGGGAGCCGGACGAGAACUCGGGCUUCAGCCCCGACGACAUCCUCUCGGUAGAGCCGCCGGCCUCGUCCACCACGGACGCGUCUGCGGGGCCUGCCAUCAAGCUGCACCACGUCACCUUCACCUCGGCCACCCUGGUGGUCAUCAUCCCACACCCCUACAGCAAGAUGUACGUCCUCGUCCAGUACAACAACAGCUACAUCUCCGACGUCAUGACGCUCAAGAACAAGAAGGAGAUCGUCACCCUCGACAAGCUGCGGGCCCACACCGAGUACACCUUCUGCGUGACCUCGCUGCGGAACAGCCGCCGCUUCAACCACACCUGCCUGGCCUUCACCACGCGGGACCCGGUGCCGGGGGACCUGGCGCCCAGCACCUCCACCACCACCCACUACAUCAUGACCAUCCUGGGCUGCCUGUUCGGCAUGGUCAUCGUGCUGGGGGCCGUGUACUACUGCCUGCGGAAGCGGCGCUUGCAGGAGGAGAAGCAGAAGUCCGUCAAGGUCAAGAAGACCAUCCUGGAGAUGCGCUACGGCGCCGACGUGGAUGCCGGGGCCAUUGUUCACGCCGCCCAGAAGCUGGGCGAGCCCCCGGUGCUGCCCGUGUCCCGCAUGUCCUCCAUCCCCUCCAUGAUCGGGGAGAAGCUGCCCACCUCCAAGGGGCUGGAGGCCGGGCUGGACACGCCCAAGGUGGCCACCAAGGGCAACUACAUGGAGGUGCGCACUGGCGCUGGCGGGGAUGGCCUGGCCCGGCCCGAGGACGACCUCCCGGACCUGGGGAACGGCCAGGGCUCGGCCGCCGAGAUCUCCACCAUCGCCAAGGAGGUGGACAAGGUCAACCAGAUCAUCAACAACUGCAUCGACGCCCUCAAGCUGGACUCGGCCUCUUUCCUGGGGGGCGGCAGCAGUGGCGGGGACCCUGAGCUGGCCUUCGAGUGCCAGUCCCUCCCUGCAGCCACAGCAGCCUCCUCGGCCGCCGCCCCUGGGGCCCUGGAGCGCCCCAGCUUCCUCUCGCCCCCUUACAAGGAGAGCUCCCACCACCCGCUGCAGCGCCAGCUGAGUGCCGACGCCGCCGUGGCCCGGAAGACCUGCAGUGUCUCGUCCAGCGGCUCCAUCAAGAGCGCCAAGGUCUUCAGUCUGGACGUGCCUGAUCACCCGGCCUCCGCCGGGCUGGCCAAGGGCGACUCCAAGUACAUCGAGAAGGGCAGCCCCCUCAACAGCCCCCUGGACCGGCUCCCACUGGUGCCUGCCAGCAGCAGCGGAGGCGGCGGGGGCGGCGGAGGCGGUGGGGGUGGCGGGGGCGGGAGCGUCGGGGGCGGCGGGGGCGGCGGGGGCAGCGUCCACCACCUGGAGGUGAAGCCUGCCUACCACUGCAGUGAGCACAGGCACAGCUUCCCCGCCCUGUACUACGAGGAGGGCGCCGACAGCCUGAGCCAGCGCGUGUCCUUCCUCAAGCCCCUGACCCGCUCCAAGCGGGACUCCACCUACUCGCAGCUCUCCCCCAGACACUACUACUCAGGGUACUCCUCCAGCCCCGAGUACUCCUCCGAGAGCACGCACAAGAUCUGGGAGCGCUUCCGGCCCUACAAGAAGCACCACCGGGAGGAAGUGUACAUGGCCGCGGGCCACGCCCUGCGCAAGAAGGUCCAGUUUGCCAAGGACGAGGACCUGCACGACAUCCUCGAUUAUUGGAAGGGGGUCUCGGCCCAGCAGAAGCUGUGA